AUGGACACCGCGACUCUGGACAUCGAUCGCCGUGGACGUGCUAGAACGGUCUUGCCUCGUGCAUCUUCCUCACCGCCAAAGAAGCCUCGCUCCAUUCGAGAACCACAUGGUCCUGAAUUGGUCAUUGACAACCGUGGUUAUGCCAGAGCAGUGUUUCCAAACUCAAACACGAAUUUGCAUUUAGACGACGUGCACCUGCGAGUUGGCCGGUAUGAAGAGUCGUAUGAGCGCACGAAAUUUCCAGAUGAAGAUCUUGAUGUCGAAGCCAAAGAAGUUGUUCCUCAACCAGCACGCUUUCGCCUUCACCAAGGUGACGACCCUCGGUUCCAGGCACCGGUGACACCGCAAAAUGGCAAUUUGGCUAUGGUUCCUGCACCUCCGCGCUAUCAACAUGGAUCCGGUAUAGGAGAAAUAAAAGAAAUCGAACGACGAGAGGCAGAAGAAGACCAGGUGCAGCAGGCCACGUAUCAACUUAACCACAUCCCAGUGUUGCCACCAAUCAUUUGGGUCAAGCGAGCCGACGCAUACACCCGUCUUCGCUAUGCAGUUGACGUCGUGACCGUCCACGGCGAAAAGUACAUCAGAAUCGAUGAGAUACACUUUCUGUGUGCCGUGAACGCGGAUUGGCUUCAGACCGGCGAGGACGUCACCAUCCGCCGAGUGCAAUACCGCCAUUGGCAAGCCGGGAGACGCGUUGGUCGUCCAGAGAUUCUCUUCGUGUUGUAUCCGCUUGGGGAAUUGGCGUAUACUCCCACCAAUAAUCGCCGCAAGAAGGCACCUCUGGAAUUCCGUCCUCAGCUGGACAACUAUGGCCGGGUGCUUUUGAAUGCGUUCGAUCGCCCUUUGAAAUUCUCCAACGUUAUGCCUGGACAGAUCAGCACAGAAAUCGAGGGGUGGGAAAUGGAGGCCAUUUGCCGUUUGGACCCAGACAUCUGUCACCAAGAUUUCAUCGAUCGCAUGCUCCCCAAUCCUGGUCCUGGCAAGAAUCGACCCAGCAAAGGCACACUGAAUCACCGUCGUCGGCGAGAUCGCAUGAAGAUGAGAGUCGUUCCCUGGCCUCUACCUCGACAACUCAGCUAUUCCGAUCAACAAGUCAUCAAUGAGCUGACCGUGUGGCAAAUGGAGAAUAACACGACUAUGGGGUUGAGAGACCUAUCAAAGGAGGAGAUCGAGAUGCAAGAGGCAAUCAUGUAUGGUGGGCAUUUUGAGCGAUCAGGGGCCAAUGCGCAGAAUGACAGGGCAAGAUUGGAGCAGUUUUGGGCCAACCUGAGACUUGUGAGGACUAAAUUUGCGGAGGAUUCGGAGGAGGUGAGGUGA